AUGUUUCUUCCACUCUGGCUAGUCUACCUCUUUAUCGUCCUUGCUUGCGUUGUUGCUGUUAGUGCCCAAGACUACGGGUAUGCAACAUGCUGGAACAAGCUGGAUGCCAUUAUGGUCGGAAACACGACCAAGGAUGGCAUCAACAACGAGACUGUUUUAGAGUAUCUCUGGAACGGGGCCAUUGCGGGGUUCAGGGGAGAGGACCGCCCCAUUGCUCUCGGGUAUGAGGGCUGCCUCAAGAUCUGUGAAGGGCGCACCGAUCAAGUGACCACCAGGUCGACUCUUGAAAUGGUAACAACCUGGAUCUUCCCCCUGGCCAUCGUCUUCAACCUUCCCUACGAUUCACUCCACCAUCACAAGAUCCGCAGAACAGCCCAAGCAGUACUGAACUGGGCCGGCUCUCCACAGACUGCCCUGACACAUACCAUCUGGAACGUGCGACAGAUCAGGCAUUGCCAUCGUAUGUCAAAGUCAAAGAAUACCUUGACUAAUGAUGCCUUUUAUGUCUUGAGUUGCCUUGGCCAGUUUGAACUCCCCAGCAGCGAGAGGUUCUACACAGCCCUCGUCUAUGGCCUCUUCCGACCUCUUCCACAGCCUGACACAGAGUAUGACCCUGAUCAGCACUACACUGCGCAACUGCUAUCAGAUAUGGCCUUUCAACUGCGCAUGCUGAGACGUCGUGGCGUUAUUCCGACUCUUGCUAGUCUCGGGACCUUUAUCACGGCCUUCAUCUUCUCUAUCGUUCUUGCUUUUGAUGAAGAGGCGGGAAACAGAACGGGAUCACCUCUUACCCUCGGACUCCUUUACUGCUGGCUGCCUCUUCUGGUCAUCUUUACUAUCAUUGACCGCAACCCCGUAUCGGCAGAUCGUUCAGCUGCUCUGAUGUCGCGCUGGCUGUUCAAUGUCGACGCUGUUUUGGCUUCUGCGCAAGCCGCCGGAGCUGACUUGAAUAAUAUGCGAGCGCCCGUGUGGUGGUCACGCAGUAGGCCGCAGGACGAUCUGAGAGUAUUCGAAGUUCAAGAGUUUAUCGGACAAGGUCGCAAGAUCAAGUAUUGCGGCCUCGCUGACGCAGUGAUCCGGGCCCAGAAAGCCCACACGUUGCGUAAACAUCUUGACCAGUACAGGCUUUGCGCGCAGACGGUCCUGACGCACCUCAAUGGGAGAAGACCAACUCAGUGGUGGUUCACGGCCUUUGCAUCGCUCUUCUUGGUUGUGUUUGAGGUCAUGAUGGCGUUCUUGAUUGCUUUCUGUACGCCUACCUUUGGCCUGGGUUGCUGGUCAGGCGGUCUGCUCCUGUAUGGCAUCUUGAGCACUGUGACUUGGGGGAUACACCUUAUUUUCAAAGCCCCGGGAAAAUGGGUGCAAUUUGUCUGCAGCUGUUUCAACUUCCUCUCUCUUGGGUGGAUUAUAACUCUGACAGGCUUUGUGUUGGCGGGUGGGUUCAGAACCUGCUGGUGCAGCACCGUUAAGCUAACUUCGGGGGGCUACAUGAUGUUUGAGAGUUUUGACUACUACGUCGAGAACUUUGCAAUGUCCGGCCCUUGGAUCAGCGCCUCGGUUCUCGGAGGAUUGGUUCCCGGUGCGGUGUUGGUGACGGCAACUGCAUGGUGGAUGAAGUGCCAGCAUUUGUGGUCGACGGAAGAGACUGAGCCGGUUCAGGACUUUGCACUUGGUAAUGUUAGAUUCAGGGCUGACACGUCAUGGUUGAGGGCUUAA